AUGGGUAUCUCCGACUUUUUCUCCGACAUCAUGUCCUCCUUCAGCCUCCCCGAGGCCCAGGCUGAGGCUCCCGCUGAGAACGUUGAGCAGCCCAGCAGCCAGGAGACCGAGGAGAAGCCCGCUGUGACCGAGGAGUCGACUAGCGAAGAGACCGCCGAGAAGGCCGAGGAGUCCGCUGAGGAGACUCCUGAGGAGCCUGCUGAGGAGGAGCCCGAGCAGGAGGAGGAGGAAGAAGAGGAAGAAGAGGAAGAGGAAGAAGAAGAGGAGCCUGAGGACAUCAAGCCCCAGCUCGAGGAGGAAUGUGCCAACUCCGCUCAGUGCGCCCCAUACAAGCACCACUUCGAUGAGUGUGUCGAGCGUGUCACUCAGCAGCAGGAGGACGCCGACUACAAGGGCCCCAAGGAGGACUGUGUUGAGGAGUUCUUCCACCUUGCCCACUGCGCUUCCGAGUGCGCCGCCCCCAAGCUCUGGAAGUCCCUCAAAUAA